GAGAGGCAGAACUUUGCCAGAAAUCUUUCUUCUCCAGCAGGCGACGUUGUUUAGUUUAUUUAUUUAUGAGGUGUAUUUGAUCGAAUAGAAGUUUUGUCAUGCUUAGAUUGUUACGAGUGUACUGAUAAGUAGGAUACGUGAUAUCCCGGCAAUUUGGAAAAAAAAACCCUUUUAUAUCGGAGUAGUCUCGAGAUGGCUAUACAUAUUCAUGCCAUAAGGCUAGUAACGUAGCAGAUAUGUAAUACAGGUGGUUGAUGUUAACAACUCAAAUAAUGAGAUGUAUCCACCAAUCCAAAGAGAGGAAUAGGGAGAGCUCCGUGCAGUUUUGUGUUAGGGCGGAGAGACAAGUAUUGCCGCGUUCAAGUGCUAGUCAAACUGACAUUUCAGAUUUGCUAACUAGUUGUAGUCAUACAAGUGCCACAUGUGAACCAGUUAGCGAGGAAAUUUGAGUUUAGUUCCGACUAGCACACGAAGGCGGCAAAAUAUCCAUAAUCUUUGGUAUGGUAGUGUACACUUUUCUAAAUCCGUCAUUACGCACAACCACGUAAUACGUUCGCCCAAUCAGCUGAAGAGCUUGAACCCCAAGAAAAAGGCAGCUAAUAUGGCAGGCAGGUUUGUGAGCAACCAGGUGGAACUUGCUUUGUUAUUACGGUUAAACGUCGGAAUAUGAUUGUUUUAUAACGCGGAAACGGCAAGAGGCAACUGCUCGAGAUGAUUUACUUGAUAGUAAUUUCCGCAUUAUCUGGCGUACUCAUUACGUUGGUAUUACAGUUCUUACUGCUUUACUGGAGAAGCCCCGAGCCAAAAACCGGGACAGUGCAAUAUGUCAAAGCAGUGCCUGAUCCCGCCUUGAAGGAUUACUUCAAUAACCAACAUGCCGAAUCAGGUCAACAACAAGAUAUCGCAGCAUCUGCUGCAUCCAAACAGCAAGAGGCCAUCUCUCCCAGGCAACAGGAAGCAGCUGUCACAAGCAGUAGCCCUAAACAACAACCGCCACCGCAUUGUCAAAGCGAGCCACUCCACACCUCCAAACCGGAGACGUGCAAUUUUCUAAACGCUAUCUUUUUGUUCCUAUUCAGAGAACUCCGCGACACUCCUGUCGUUAGGCACUGGCUGACCAAAAAGAUCAAGGUGGAGUUCGAGGAGCUAUUACAAACCAAGACAGCUGGUCGGCUGUUGGAGGGACUCAGUCUCAGGGAUAUCUCCCUGGGUAAUUCUUUGCCCGUUUUUAAAACGGCCAAACUUAUUAAUCCAGUGCGUUUAAAUGAAGACUGCAUGCCCGAGGAACUCAAUUUCGAAGUGGACCUUGAAUAUAAUGGGGGAUUCCAUCUAGCAAUUGAUGUAGACCUUGUUUUUGGGAAGUCAGCCUACCUGUUCGUAAAGAUGACGCGUGUGGUUGGAAGACUGAAGCUGCAGUUCACUCGCGUGCCUUUUACGCACUGGUCCUUCACGUUCCUCGAGGACCCAUUGAUAGACUUUGAGGUGAAGUCACAGUUCGAGGGAAGGCCCUUGCCUCAGCUUACCUCAAUCAUUGUCAACCAGUUGAAAAGAGUCAUCAAGAAGAAACACACCUUGCCAAAUUACAAAAUCAGAUACAAACCCUUCUUCCCGUUCCAAGUGCAACCUUCCAUUGGAUCCUCCGCCUGUGACUUGGACCUCUCUGUUCAGGACUCAGGAUUGGCUGAGGGUCGGCUUAGGGUCACCCUCGUUGAAUGUAGCAGGCUGUUUAUCCUGGGCUCGUAUGACAGAGAGACCUACGUGCACUGCACCUUUGAGCUGAGCAGCCAUGAGUGGAAAGAGAAGACGCGCAGCUCCAUCAAAACGGCAGAGGUGAUCAAAGGGCCCUUUGGGAGUGUGGGUAUGACAUUCAGGCACAUCCCCGACUGUGAGGGUGAUGCGGUCCAUGUCAGCAUCGAGACAGUCACUCCCAACUCUCCUGCUGCCCUGGCAGACCUACAGAGGGGCGAUCGACUCAUCGCCAUCGGCGGUGUCAAAGUGACAUCCUCUGUCCAAGUGCCCAAACUGCUGAAGCAGGCAGGGGACAGGGUGCUGGUCCUGUAUGAGAGGCCUGUGCGUUACCAGAGCACCACCAUUGGCCUGGGAGCCCUCCAGGAGGGGCUGGGCCAGCUGGAGGAGCCCGGGUUCAUCCUCCCGCCGGGGGGCUAUGAGGAGGACCCGGCACCCAUCGCCGCCCUCGCCGACAUAUCCGACAGCAGAGACAUGGACUCUGAGUUUGAAGAGUCGAUUGCAGACCCCAAGUCUAACCUGCUUAGUAGCAGCGCCGAGGCCAAGGAGGAUUUCCUGUCAGUAAACCAAAGUCCCAAAAGGACUGUGGCCAAUCUGGCCUCCAAACCCCUUGGCAGCAUAUCGCCCAUCCUCAACCGCAAACUGAACUUGGCAGGGCUUCAGUCACCGGUCAGACCUCCACCCACACCAAAGCACUCACCACACAAGAGUGGCGAGCCAGGAGAGGGGCCACAGCGCCCCACUGUCCCCCCUCCACCCCCACCCACUCGCCCGCUGGUGCCCCCUAGACCCCACAUUAAAUUAACGUCAGCCUCUUCUGAAACACAAAGUCUGUUGGAGGGGAGCGAAGCUUCCACCGCAGCUGAGAGAACUCCAGAAAAGACUCCUACACACUCCACUGGAAGCAAUGGUGACAAAGGCAGUGCUGUGACGACACCUGUGAAACAGCCCGAACCAAAGCCGGCGGUCAAACCACCCGAACCCUGCGAAGAGCCACCAGGGGCCCCCUCCGCUCCCAGCAAGCAGGAACUGGCCAAAGACAAGGUGUCUGAGAGCUCCAUCAUCACCCGAGACAUCAUGGAGGACCACUCAAUGUGGGAGUCCUCAGAGAUCAUGUUCCGCAACCGGACGGCCCAUUGGGGCAAUGGUUCCGUGGUGUUAGCGGUGGAGAGCAACCAUAAGUACCUUAACACGGCCCUGUGGUGCAAAGACCCCUUCAAGCUGGGCAGCCUGCUGUGUCUGGGCCACGUCAGCUUGACACUGGAGCAUGUGGCCCUGGAGUGUCUGUCCUCGUCUGAGUACCAGAGCACUUUCAGACUGGAAGCCCCAGAGCCCAGGGCCAGUGUCAGCCGCACCGCCCUGCGCAGCCUUAGCACCCACAAGGGCUUCAACGAGAAGCUCUGCUACGGAGACGUCACACUCAACUUCAGCUACCUGGCUGAUGGAGAGUCAGAGACGUGUGCUGGGCUGAUGGAGGGUGAAAAGAAGGCCAGCAUGCCGGAUGAGGAGCUAAGGGAGAGGGAACAGCUUUCCUUUGUUCCCCGUGACGACCUGGCUGACAGUGCCAUACAGCUGGUGGAGGUGCGCCACAACUUUCAGGACACCCAGUUCCAGAACCCCACCUGGUGCGAGUACUGCAAGAAGAAGGUGUGGACCAAGGCCGCCUCCCAGUGUAUGAGCUGUUCCUAUGUCUGCCACAAGAAGUGCCAAGAGAAGUGCCUGGCCGAGCACCCUUUCUGCGUGGCCGCCACCGACCGACGCAGUGCCGACCCGGAGGCCAAAUCCACCAUCAACCGCGCCACUGCGGGCCUCAGCCGCCACAUCAUCAACACCGGCUCCCGUCUGCUCAAUCUGCGCCAGGUGCCAAAGAGCCGGCUGGCAGAGCAAGCGGCUGAUGUGCCAGAUGUGGUGCACAUCCCCGACAUCUCUGACAACGAGAGCAGCGAUACAGAAACCUACGCUGGGGCCAGCCCCUCCAAGCAUGCAGCCGGCGGCAGCACCAAGCUUGUACGGCGGGAGGGAGGACUUGACGACAGUGUAUUUAUCGCAGUGAAGGAGAUCGGCCGCGACCUUUACCGGGGCCUGCCCACUGACGAGCGCUCUCAGAAGCUGGAGCUGAUGCUAGACAAGCUGCAGCAAGAGAUCGACCAGGAACUGGAGAACAACAAUGCCCUGAUGCUGGAGGAGAGGGAGACGGGGGACGCCCGGAGGAAGGCCCUGAUCACGGCCGCCCUGGCCAAGUCUGGGGAGAGGCUCCAGGCUCUCACCCUGCUCGUGAUUCACUACCGGGCAGGCAUCGAGGACCUGGAGUCUGUGGAUAGCACCGGCACCUCCCCCUCGGAGCCACAUGGUUUCAAGGAUAAGGGGGUGGCAUUGGAGGAGGCCUUACUGGGGACAGAGGUUUAUGACAGUGAUAUAUGCAGCCCAGUGGAGGCCCAGCUGCUGGAUGACAUCACAGAGGAGCAGAUCUGUGUGGAGGCGCUCCACUAGAGAGGACAAGGACGAGGGAUGGGCUUCAGAACAUUUUUCUGUGGGGAUGGUGGGGUGAAGGUUACCUUCUGAAGAUCAGCUGAGGCGGCCUGGUGAGGGUGAAAUUGUUGAUUUGUAAAACAAUUGGUCACGCAAUUCAUACUUGGUUUGGGGAGACCACUCUUGUUGUCCCAAAGAACAGCAGUUUAGUUUUCCUAAAAUGAUACUUUUAAAGGGAAGCUGGAAAGCUAGAUGGUGAAAUUUGCAUUGAGGAUCAGUGUUUCAUGGCAAUCUGUAAGUGCUUGGGAUCACAAACAUUUUAAAACAUACAUAUAUAACAUUGCCUUCUAUAAUUUAGCUUUUGUUGACAUUAAGGUGCCCUGUAACUUUUUUUUCUAUCACUUGAAAAUGUGAGUUUAAAUGUUUGUCACAGUUCAGUAUUUUAUCACUGAAAGUUACAGCAACCACUUUUCCGUUUUGCAGAAGAUUGCAAUCAAAAUGUGGUUGCCAUUGCAGGAGCUAUGCAAAUAGCAAAUGGCUCUGUUUUAUCCAAAUUGCAUUUGGGGAAUGAAUAUUAGUUUGAUUUGUUUUACUGUGAGUAACACAAGCAUAUUUUGUUAGACUGGACACCGUGUUGUGCGUCUACAGGAAGACAACAGUGUGGAAAUGCAGAACAAAAAUGAAAUCCUCCACCAUAUGGAAAUGUAUGUUUCAGAUGAUGUACUUUUCAUAUCUUCACUUUGUGAGCACUUUUGAUUUGAAUGCAUAAUCUAUUUUUAGAAAUCACCUAUGACUUUCCUCUUCUUUUGGACUUUUUUGAUUUUUUGCAAACUACAAGCUCGUGACGAUUGAAUGAAAUGGGCAAUAAUGUUGUGGGGGAAGAUGGUCUCUCCCCUGUCAUCCUUGGUUCAGUUUAUUUAUAGGCCAAACAUGUAUGACCCAUUUUGUUUAACCAGCAUAUUAACUGUACAUGUUAGUUCUCUCUCUGUUACAAUGUUUUCUUAGCUUUUUGGUUGGAGGGAUAGUUAUAAUAAUAUUUUUCUCAAAUGUAUCAUUUUAAAAUGUUGUAAGUUAUUUGAUUAAGCACCUGCUUUUGUGUUCUUGCCCCCCUUCCAAAUCUUUUUUUUUUUUUUUGUAUGGAUAUAAUAUCCCUGAACUAAAACAUAACUAUGGUGGUGGUGGUUUUAUCCAAUCAUGUUACUUCAGACGGAAUGUUUGCUUUUGAAAUUAUUCUUGAUAAAUGCAAAGUAUUUAUGUAGUCGUGGCAGAAAGUUUUUAUUUAUAUGGUUCAUCUCAGUAUGAAUAUUGUUACAGGAGCACAUGGAUCUCUGUUUUAUUCUAUGUACAGUGCCAGUCAAAAGAUUGAACACACCUACUCAUUCCAGGAUUUUGCUUUAUGUUUACAAUUGUCUACAUUGUAGAAUAAUAGUGAAGACAUGAAAAUGACAAAUUUACACAUAUGGAAUC